CCGUGCGUUACUGGCACUGCCACUGCUCGCUCUCGCUCUCCCCCUCCGCCUCUUUUAGUGCUGCCGGUGCGGGUGCGGGUGCCCAGCCAGGCCCUCUGCUCUGCUCCACCUCCCCUCCCCCUGCGCCACCACCACCACUCGCCGACCCUCGCUCGCCCAGGGAGGAACCGGGAGCGGGGCGGAGAUGAUGCACGCCAAGUCGGAGUCGGACAUGACGAGCCUGGCGGCGUCGUCGCCGCCGCGGUCGCCGAAGCGGGGCGGCGGCGGGGGCGUUGCCGGCGGCGCGGGCAACGGCGGGUACUACGUGCAGAGCCCGUCGCGGGAGUCGCACGACGGCGGGUACAAGUCGUCGUCGAUGCAGGCGACGCCCGUCUACAACAGCCCCAACGAGUCGCCGUCGCACCCGUCCUACGGCCGCCACUCCCGCUCCUCCUCCGUCAGCCGCUUCUCCGGCAACCUCCGCAAGGGCGGCGGCGGGGACCGCAAGGUGCUCAACGACAAGGGCUGGCCCGAGUGCAACGUCAUCGAGGAGGAAGGCCCGUACGAGGACCUCGCAGGGGACAGCGGCCUCUCCCGCCGUUGCCAGAUCAUACUCGGGUUCCUCACCUUCGUCCUCCUCUUCACCACCUUCUGCCUCAUCAUCUGGGGCGCCGCCCGGCCGUACGAGCCCGAGGUCGUCGUCAAGAGCUUGGUGAUGGACGACUUCUAUGCUGGUGAAGGCACAGACCACAGCGGUGUUCCAACCAAAUUGGUCACAACAAACUGUUCUCUGCACAUAGCUGUGUACAACCCUGCCACAAUGUUUGGAAUUCAUGUCACUUCUGGCCCCAUCCAUCUGAUCUAUUCAGAGAUCUCAAUAGCAGUCGGUCAGGUUCGCAGGUACUACCAACCGAGGAAGAGCCACCGGACGGUGACGGCGGUCAUCCACGGCGAGAAGGUGCCGCUGUACGGCGCCGGCGGCAGCCUGAUGCUGUCAACGAGCACGGGCGGGACGGUGCACCUGACGCUGGACUUCGACCUGACCUCCCGUGGCUACGUGAUCGGCAAGCUCGUGCGGGUGACGCACAAGGUGCACGUGACGUGCCCCGUCGUCGUGGACGCCAAGAAGACCAAGCCUGUCAGGUUCUCCAAGAAGGCCUGCGCCGUGUACAAGGCCUGAACUUGAAUAGCAUUUUUUUUUUCGUGAAACUUUGAUCGACGAUCGGAGCAUUAGCGAUACGUGUGGCCUUGCAAAGGAUGUCUGCCUGUAUUUAGCUAUUUUGUGUUAAUGGUGGUGAAGAACAAUAAGCGCACACAUAUGGUUUGUUUUUGAGCCUCUUGGUUUUGUCGAUAAAAUCGCGCUGUAAAGCUGGUGUUCUCUUGUU